UGACGGUUCCGUGUCUGCCUGAUCCUGGGCUGAUUCGACCUGAACACGGGUUUCUGCGCCCGGUCGCCGUUGCCGUGAUUUUAAAGCAGGUUUCCUUGGCUGGAAGUCCGCUGAGCCCGCCUCACCCUCAAGCAGGGAAAUGGUCCCGCCGUUCUGACAAUCUAGAUGUCACUGAACAGUAAUGCACAGGGCCUCUCUACGACCUCGUUGCAGAUUUUGGAGAUCUCGGUAGGAUGGCCUUAACACAGUGAAUGAGGGUUGUGCACCAGGCGACCACGACCGCGUCAUAUGCGAGUUUGUUUUCUAUUCGGGCUGCUUUGCCUGCCCUCGCAGUCGCGGUCAAACCGCCCGGGCGCAGAAACAUACGCUCCCACCAGCUGGGACCACUCCGGGUUUGCAACCUUUAGCCUGCCAUCGAUCCUACCAUUGGUUAGUCUGGGUCUUGCAAGCAGGUGUGGUCUCGAAUCGCCUCUCGAAUUGCUCCGUCGAAUACUCUACCGAGACGCUAUCUCUGACUACCCUUUAUCAGGGAUUAUCUGAGGGAAGCGAGCGUGGAAUCGACUCGUGUGGGGUUGGUCGAGUGCUGCGAGAUGCGGCAGAGACUCGCCCAUUAGAACCGACUUGGCAUCGCCCGCGUAAUCCAGGGCAGAACCGUCAUCUUUGACCACCCCAGACGCUGCAUGUGUGGCUCAUGGGCUCGAUAGACAGUCAUGCAAAACAUGACCAUCGACACGGACCGUGGUCGUCUGUAUCUGUAUGUCCUGAGCGCACUCAUGACGUGCGCCGUCCGCCCAUGGUGCACUAAGAGGCCACACCGAAUACCCGCUCAGCACUCGCGAUUUACUAUUUGAUGUUCCAGAGGUACGCACUCGAGUCCGGAGUAACCACGAUCAACGGAAAGGUUGCAAAACCGGACACCAUUAUCAAGAAUGGCGAUCGCAUCGAGAACGUUUCUCAUCGGCACGAACCCCCCGUGACAUCCACGCCUGUGCGAAUAGUGCUGCACGACAAGGAGCGGCAGUUCAUCGUCAUCGACAAGCCUGGCUCCAUCCCCGUGCAUGCUGCAGGACGAUACUUUCGCAAUAGUUUGGUGGAAAUCUUGAAGAAUGAUUUCGGGUUUGAGAAAGUCUACACCGUGAACAGAUUGGACAGGCUUACCUCAGGUUUGAUGAUCCUCCCACUCAAUUCCGCACUAGCCAAUACGCUCUCGAAGGAGUUCGUGAAUGGCGAGGUUAGGAAAGAGUACGUGGCUCGGUGUAAGGGCAAGUUCCUAGAGGAAGAGAUCGUCUGCGAAGAGCCCCUCCUCACCGUGGACAGGCAGAUGGGUCUGAAUAUCGUGCAUCCUGAGGGCAAGCCUGCGAAGACUAUCUUCAAUCGCCUGCAUUAUGACGAGAACACUGACACCAGCGUGCUUCGCUGUCGUCCUCUAACUGGUCGAUCGCACCAGAUCCGUGUACACCUGCAAUACCUCGGCCACCCCAUCGCAAACGACCCCAUCUAUUCAGAUGCUAGAAUUUGGGGCGAGAGCCUUGGCAAGGGCGGGAUCGACCUCGCUCCGAGCGAAGAGCGCGCCGCUCCGCAGGCACCCGUCCAGUUCCAGUUCGACCCUUCGAACAACCCGGAAGCAAUCAACCGCGCUGUCGAGGGGGAGGAGGUCGGAGUUGCGGAGAGGAAGCUGCUCCCGCGUGAGACGGGGCACGACAUUGGGAUGGGCUCCCCGGUGCCGCUCUCCGCCGAGGCUGUUGGAAUCAUCACGCGACUGAGAAAUAUGAAAGACGAGGCAGAGGACUGGGGUCGCUGGCGAGACGUCGUCUUCCGUGCCAAAGCAGCUCUCUCACCACAUGGCUUCACGAUCCCCCUUCCUCCCCAAAAUAAGCGGAAACGCGGUGGGCCUGCCCUUGCGUCUGCACCGAGCACCCCUGCAGACAGCACACCCGGAACGCCCGCUGGUGCACUAGAAGCGGUGGCCAUUGACGUUACUCCUGCUGCAGCAGAGGUUUCCGAGGAGUCGCUCAUGAACCAACUCACCCCCGACGAUGUCGCCAAGCUAGCAGUAAGUUCGGCUGCUUCUUCAACAUCCGUGCCUUCUCCCGCGCUCGCCUCUGAAGUACCUAUACCUGACCCGACGCCUCCACCUGUGGCGGAAUCCUCCGCGCCGGACACGCCCGAUGUUGUAUCGGAUGUCGAUGGUAUGCACUAUUGUCCGGAGUGCUUCGUUCCGUUGCAUCCGGACCCGAAGCCGGAGUCAUUGUAUAUCUUCCUGCAUGCACUGCGCUACACAACGAGUUUAGGUACCUUCGAGACGGAGACGCCCGAGUGGGCGGCAAAAGAUUGGGAGUGGGAGCGGUAGUUUUGUCGGGUGUGUAGCGUAUCUAUGUAGCCUGUUGCGAAUGGAUAUCUACCGCAAGUGUGACAGGAAUCUAAGCAUGAGGAAAAGGUGUGUCUAUGUCGGAUCGUGGACAUGUCAUCAGAGGGAUCGUAAGUACCGGGUUGGUGAACGAAGUAUAUCGGUUUUUGGAUUAUUGUCAGCUAGUCUGCGCGCUCGCGCUCCUCGCCAGGCUUCGGCCACAUCUCACGAGGCAGGAGUGUCGAUACGAUCGACAAUAUCACGCUAAACGGGAUAAGGAUCGCGUACACGCCAUAUCCGCCUAGCCAGUUGCGCUCCAGCGACGUUGCGAAGAGCGACGUCGACGCCGCGGGACCAAUGGCUCGCACGACCGCCGCGACCACCUGCGCGACACCGUUCGUCGCACCGAGCAAACGACUAUCUGGGACGGAGGACGUGAUGAAGAGGAAGAUCGCCCCGAAAGACAUAUCCAUUAUGACUAGUAGGAGCUGCUGCACCCCAACCAUCAUCCACACGACCCACGUUAGGCCGUGCACGCGCGCGUAGAGGUUCAUGAGAGGGUAGAGCACGUACAGGGGAGCGAACAUGGAGAGCCCGAGCUGGAAGACACGCUUCGGGCCCCACGCGUCAAUCAGGCGCGCGAAGAAGAGGGCUUGGAGGAUGCCGUCGGCGAUGCCGAGCGUGCCUAGGAUGGCGCCAAUUGUUGGGGGCUUGAGGCCGAGGCCCCCGAGAGCGAUAGGGGUGGAGAGGAAGAGGGGCAUGAGUACGAGGAAGGCGAUCUCGACGAGCGCAAGGACGCCGUAGUUGGCAAUGGAGAGGACAACGGGGCGCGUGAGGACACUGCUGAGGGGAGGAGGGCCUUCGUCUUCACCCGGCACAGUGAGGCCUGAUUCGGAGGAGGGGCGACGCUUUUUCACUGUCUCCUUGAGGAAGAGCACAGUGAUCACGAAGCAGAAAGCGGAAAAUAGCGCGGCGGCAGCGCAAGGCAGAAAAUAUGGAUAUUCUAUCCAAAAUGGGUGUGUGAACACGUUCGGCCAUCGGUCGUGUGGCUUGGCUAGCUGGCCUCCUAUAGUGGGUCCAAUUGUGACUCCCACAGACCACGAAACCGGUAUCCACGCGAAGCCUUGGGCGAUAUUCGUUGAAUCCGUUAGUUCUCCCAUCAUGCUCUUCAUGACACCUGUGUUGCCGUUCAGCAUUCCCACCAGACUUCGACUCAAAACGAGCGUUAUAAAGGUUUUCGAGAGACCGAAACAUAUCAUGGAGAGACAGCAUCCUCCUAUACCAAUGAGUAGAACAGGCUUGCGACCAAUGUGAUCGGAUAGCCUUGACCAUUGGAAGACGAAUAGAGCCUCCGUCGCAAAGAAUAUAGACUCGAUUAGCCCAGCAUAAUACCCGACCUUCUUCGCAUCUCCACCAGUAAUGUCGAGCUCGCUUAUUAACUGAUUGAUGAACGGAAAAAUGCAAUGCGAAGUGAUUGGUUCAGAGAGUUGCAGAAGCAUCAAUAUCGCGAUCUGCAGCUUGGGCAGAGGCGUCGAUUUCUUCUGCUUCGUCCCCUCUCCCACACCCAGUAGCGGCCGUGUCUCUUCCUCUAUGCUGCUCAUGUCGGGGGAGAG